AUGUUUUGGGUCCUCAAUAUCCUCUUUAUCAGGAAUGUAUACAAUAGCAAUGAAAGCUACAGGAGCAAGCAGGAGAGUUUUUCAGCUCCUGGAUCGCGUCUCAUCCAUGCAAGAUCGGGAGAUAAGUGCCCUAUUGGAAAUCCUGAUGGAGAUGUGGAAUUGGAUGAUGUCUGGUUUGCUUACCCUUCUCGCCCAAGUCAUACGGUACUUAAGGGAAUAACAUUAAAACUGAGGCCCGGUUCAAAAGUUGCUCUUGUCGGUCCAAGUGGUGGUGGAAAAACGACAAUAGCCCACUUAAUUGAGAGGUUCUAUGACCCAUUCAAGGGAAAGAUUUUGCUAAAUGGGGUUCCGCUAGUGGAAAUAUCACAUGAUUAUCUCCAUAGAAAGAUAAGUAUAGUGAGCCAGGAGCCUGUUCUUUUCAAUUGUUCUGUGGAAGAAAACAUUGCCUAUGGGUUCAAUGGAAAAGCAAGCUCUACUGAUAUACAAACUGUAGCUAAAAUGGCUAAUGCCCAUGAAUUCAUAGAAAAGUUUCCAGAAAAGUAUCAAACUAUCGUUGGAGAACGUGGGUUGAGGCUUUCAGGAGGCCAGAAACAACGAGUAGCAAUUGCGAGAGCACUACUAUUGAACCCAAGAGUUUUAUUAUUGGAUGAAGCCACUAGUGCUCUAGAUGCCGAGAGUGAAUACCUUGUUCAGGAUGCCAUGGAUUCUCUGAUGAGGGGCAGGACUGUUCUUGUCAUAGCACACAGGCUUUCAACUGUCAAAAGUGCAGACACUGUUGCGGUUAUAGCAGACGGUCAGGUAGCGGAAAGCGGCAGCCACGAAGAGCUACUCAGCCAGGAUGGAAUUUACACUGCGUUGGUGAAGAGACAGUUACAAGCCACAAAGACUGAACUCUAGUUUAAAAUGAUUUAUAGCCAAAUCUAUGAAUCACAAUG